GUCUGGCGCUGCGCGUUUCGUGGCGCUGCUGAGCCUCGGGGCCCUGCGGGGCAGAUCUCGGGCCUCCCCGCAGCCGCCGGCGCCGCGGCCAUGGUGCUCAACCCGGUGAUCGGGAAGCUGGUCAGCAAGAGGGUGGUGCUGGCCAGCGCCUCCCCUCGCCGGCAGGAGAUCCUCACGAACGUGGGUCUCCGAUUUGAGGUGGUUCCAUCCUGGUUUAAAGAGACACUUGAGAAAUCGUCUUUUGCAGCCCCUUAUGAGUAUGCCAUAGAAACAGCAAAGCAGAAGGCACUUGAAGUGGCAAAUAGAAUGCAUCUAAAACACCUUAGAACUCCAGAUAUUGUUAUAGGAGCAGACACUAUUGUGGCUGUCGGAAAACAGAUUCUGGAGAAACCAGUUGAUAAACAAGAUGCAUAUAAGAUGCUGUCAAGGUUGAGUGGGAAGGAGCACAGUGUCUUUACGGGAGUGGCCAUUGUUCACUGCAGCAGUAAAGAUAAUCGUCUGGAGACUGAAGUCACUGAUUUCUAUGAAGAGACAAAAGUUAAAUUUGCUGAACUAUCUGAGGAGCUUUUAUGGGAAUAUAUUCACAGUGGAGAACCAAUGGACAAAGCUGGUGGUUAUGGAAUCCAGGCUCUUGGUGGAAUGUUAGUGGAAUAUGUUCAUGGAGACUUCUUGAAUGUGGUGGGCUUUCCUCUGAAUCACUUCUGCAAAAAGUUAGCGGAGUUGUAUUAUCCACCCCUCAAACAUACUAUACAGCAUGUCAAGCAUGACUCUAUCCCCUCCGUCGAGACUUUUGAGAACCUCAGUGACGGAGAGAGUGACUCUUCAAAUCCCCUGCAGCAUAAAAGUGCUAACACAUUAGAGGCGAAUGGGGUGCCCCUCUCAGGAGCUGUUCAUACUCUAGUAAACAGCGGUAGCAUCAAGCCUGUUUGUACAGUGGCUGUGGAAAAUCAGAGUGGAGUGAGGGACUAUCCGGCUAAAUUCCCAUCAAAAAUUGUAGAACUUACAGAUGGCUUCAGAGCUUCAAAGGCUUUGUUUGUGGCCUCUAAACUGAAAGUGUUUGAUCUUCUGAAAGAUAAAUGUGUACUGAAGGCUGUGGAUGUUGCCAAUAAGAUAGAAGCCUCUGUGUGUGGAACAGAGAGACUGCUUGAUGCUUGUGCUUCUCUUGGAUUGCUGGAGAAAACCCAUCAAGGUGACUUUUACUGUAGAACAAUUCCGGAUUCCUGUUAUCACACCGUGGAGGCAAAGCAGCAUUUCAUGACUGCCAUGCAUAGCAUUGCCAAAUUGACAGCAAGAGAUGUGGCAACGGCUUUUGAUCUUUCACCGUUUAGAUCUGUCUGUGAUUUGGGAGGUUGCACUGGAGUUCUGGCCCAUGAGCUAGUACAAAAAUACCCAAACCUAAACGUAACUGUAUUUGACCUUCCAGACGUCAUUGCAAAUGUCUCUUGCUUUCAGCCUUCAGGACAGCAUAUAACUUCAGUGAUGUUCACAGCAGGUGACUUCUUCAAAGAUAAUCUUCCAGAAGCAGAUCUUUACAUCCUUUCACUAAUUCUACAUGACUUGAAUGAUGAAAAGAUUCACAUAUUGUUAAGCAAAAUAUCAGCUAUUUGCAAACCAGGAAGUGCCUUGCUACUGGCAGAAAUUGUGCUUGAUGAAGAGAAGACACAUCCUUCUAGAGGAGUAUUACAGUCUCUCAGUAUGACUGAAGGAAAGCAGAGAAAUGGAUCAGAGUAUAAGCAACUACUGGAGAAAUAUGGAUUCACCAAUGUGCAAAUUAAAAUUACAGGAAACAUUUUAGAUGCGAUUUUGGGCUUUAAGAAAACUUCUGCACGUUAGUUUGCACUGCAAGUUGUGGCAUUUUGCGGGCUGAAAUGGUGUUGGAUGAUGAGAAGAAAAGAAGGAGCACAGGUUUACUGCAGUCCUUGAACAUGCUUGUCCA